AUGGGUGGUCAAGUUUCUUCUUUCAUGAACGCUUUGUAUAAUUCCAAAAGAAAACAACUUCUUGGCAGAGAUGGAGCUGGAUGGACUAAAUUAGGUGUUUUUUACUUCUUCUUCUAUCUUGGUUUGGCCGGUUUUUUCUGUGCAAUGUUAGCCGUUUUUAUGGCAUUAUCGCCGCGUGAUCGACCACGAUAUUAUUCAGAAUCAUCACGUAUGGCUACUCGAUCAAAUCCACUUUCACCUGGUCUUGGUUUUCGACCUCAACCAGAAGCUGAUAAAAAUAUAAUAAUCGUUGACAACAGUACUGAACGAGAGAAACCAAAUAUUUAUGUUAAAAGUCUUGAACAAUAUCUUCAAAUUUAUUAUUGGAAAGACGAUAAUGUUGAAAAAGGAGGAAAUGAUGGUGACGAAGGAGAUAAAGAAAACAUGGGCGAACCUUCAAGAAAAUUUAUUAUUGAAAAACCAGGUCCAUGUACAAGUGAUAAUCAAUAUGGUUUUGCACAAGGAAAACCAUGUGUACUUGUUAAAAUGAAUAAAAUUGUGGGUUUUGUACCAAAACCAGGUUCAACAGCGGAAGAAAGAGAAGUAUAUCAAAGCAAAUGUGGCCAUAAUCCCUCGGCUAUUGCAGUCCGUUGUCAUGGAGAAUAUCCCGCUGACGAAGAUAAUAUUGGAAGCUUAACUUAUAUAUCAGAGAAAGGUGUUAGUAAAAAUUGUGGUGCACUUGAAACUUCAUGGUUUCCUUAUGAAGGCAAAACGAAUCGUCGUGAUACAUAUCAAGCACCAUAUAUUUGGGUUCAAUUUGAUAACCCAAAACCAAAUGUAUUAAUUAAUGUUCUAUGCCGUAUUUACGGUCAAAAUAUUGAUUAUGAUAAAAAAACAGGUCGAGCUAUUACACGUUUUCAAAUUUAUGUUCAAGGUGAACAACAACGUGUAUCUUCACGUCGAAGUGGAGAUGUUUAA